AUGGAAGUACAAGUACCUCGAACGUGUCCUGAAGUCCAGCAGAGGAGCGCGCGACUGAUCGAUAAUCGGCCGAUAGCAGACGGCGGGUCAGCGGCUCUCACCUGGACGCUUCCGGUCCGCACGCGACUCGAGCACCGAACCGACACCGACCUCAGCGACGCGAGUCCUGCGGAGACUGUGAGAGGUGCAUCCCGACAGAUCAACAUGCUGACUGAGGAGCAGCUCUGGUGCUGCAUCUGCUUGGAUGUGUUCAACGAGCCGGUCACGAUACCAUGUGGACACAACUUCUGCAAAGCGUGCAUCAAGCAGCACUUGACCUCUAACCCCCAGCGCCAGUGUCCCAUGUGCAAUGAGCGCGUGGAUAGAAAAUGUAAGUUGGGAGUCAACACUUUGAUAAGUGAGAUGACUGUUCAGUACCGACUGUCGGCCGGAAGGAAAGACGGGAAGAGCUCAGAGCAACGAGAUGCCGAACCAGGAGAAGUUUCCUGUGACGCUCCUCCUGGAACUCACCUUCUGCCUUCCUUCUGGACUGCCCUGAGGUUCAGGUUUUUCUUAGUAUUCAGCCUGUUGUGUGUGACCAUCUGCUGCUUUACAAUGACCAGAUGUCUCCAUCAAAUGGCGCCCGGCCUGAAAACCCAUCAGCCGUUUGAUGCGGUAGAGAAGGCGGUGGGCAGUGUGUGUCCUAAGCACGGCAGACCUCUGGAGCUCUACUGCAAGAACGAACAGAUGCCCAUAUGUCAGUCCUGCGCCGGCUCAAAUCACAGAUUUCACGACGUUGUUGCCCUGAAAGAGGAAUAUGAGGCAAAGUUCAAAGAUCUUCAGGAAACACAGGCCGUGAUUCAGCAGAAGAUCCAGGAGAGACAGCAGAAAAUACAGGAGGUCAAACAUACGGUUUCGUUGAGCUGUGAAGCUGCAGACAGACAGCUAGCCGAUGGAGUUCAGGUCUUUGCCGCUUUGACAAAGACUGUGGAUGAAAAUCAGGCCCAGGUCCUUGGGUGGAUUUCAGCGAUGCACCAAACGACUGUGAAGCAGGCCGAAGGUUUCGUGGAAGAGCUGGAGCUGGAAAUCUCUGAGCUGACGGAGAGGCGGACUGAGGUGGAGCAGCUCUCACGCUUAGAAGACCACCUCCACUUCCUGCAGAGCUUCCCAUUCUUGAACACUGCUCCUCUCGCCCGCGACUUGCCAGAUGUCAGCAUUCCUCCAGCGUCCUAUAAGGGAGUCCUGAGGAUGGCGGUGGUGGUUGCAGUGAGUCAGCUGAGAGAGAAAGCCACACGUGAGAUGAAGAAGCUACAGGAAGCUGAGCCGUGGAGCUUCAGUUGGAAUGCAGUGAAUGUGACUCUGGACGCUGAUACAGCUCAUCCCGAACUCAUCGUAUCCGAUGACGGGAAACGAGUCGACUACAGUGGCGUGUGGAACAAAGUCCCAGACAACCCAAAGAGAUUUGACCGUCUAUGUUGUGUCUUAGGAAAGCAGAGUUUCUCUUUUAGGAGAUUUUAUUACGAUGUUCAAGUUAAAGGAGAGACUGCGUGGAUAUUGGGAGUGGCCAAAGAGUCUGUCAACAGGAAGGGAGAAGUUCAACGAAACUCUAAAAAUGGCAUCUGGGCUCUAUUUCAUAUACAAGGAGACCAGUACGUUCCACUUACUGGCCAGUUUGAGCCUCUCACUGUGAAAGAUGCGCCUGGCAAGGUGAGGGUGUUCGUGGAUUACAAGGAGGGUCUGGUCUCCUUCUAUAACGUAGAUUCAGCAGCUCUGAUCUACUCCUUCACUGGCUGCUCCUUCACUGAGAGACUCCACCCCUUCUUCUGCCCUUUACAUAAGGACUCCACCCUUCUCACCACAGCUGUUGGUGAAAUAAAAUGAAACGCGAUCUAUUGGUUUAGUGUACAGAGACACGCAUUGCCACUUUUUUCUUUGUCCCUUUUGUUUUUAUUGGGACGACGUUACGUUAAAAAAGUAAAGGACUUUCUUGGCAUUAUUUUCAUCCUGAAUGACACAACAGAUACAAAGGUAUGCCAUGAUACUUCUAUAUUUUCUGUGCUUUGGUACAGAUGCUGCUGUUCAAAAUGUCCAUUGAUGAUGUGCUUGAUUUAAAAUAACUGCUGGCUAACUUGCCCUCUCUAACUUUAUACAUUACUACUGGGCAGCCAUCAUCCAACAACUCCCAAACUGGAUAGAAAUGCUUCAUAAUAUUUGUGCUGUACUGAUUGUAAAACUAAAUCUAUUAAAAU